AUGGCGACCAUGGAUUUAACGAACGAGGUAGUUCGGCUCAGGGCCGAGCUGGAGAAGGUGUCUUCGGAACGGGAUAUGCUCCUUUGCGAGGUUUCCAACUUGAGAAGGGAGCUCGAGCUCAGCGAACUGAAGAACAUACAUGAUGACAGCUUCUCCCAGAAGGUCGACGAAGAGGAGGGUGGUGGUGGGGUGGCGCUACAUCCCCCCGACGGGUUCUAUUCUCACCAGCACAGCAUUCACAGCGGCCACCAUGCCCACCAGUCGGAGCCUGACCGGGGCUACAUGGAGGGCAACCGAUACGUCACAGCUGUUCACAGACCGUUACCUGCACUAAAUCACUCCAACUCGUCAUGCUCGUCGGCGUCAAACGCGUCGACGGGCGCGGGGCUGUGCGCGGGCGCGGCGGAACCGGCGCCACCGCUCUUCAUCGCCGCCCCGCCGGAGGGCUUCGGGCUGGCUGUUCAUACCAACAGGCGGGGCACAGACGUUGGGAUCAUUGGUACGACAGGGAUAACACAAAAAGAUCCCACUUUGCCACAAAAACGGGGAAAAUUGACCCGAGGUCGCUAUGAAAUGUCCCAAGAUCUUUUGGACAAACAAGUCGAAAUAUUGGAAAGGCGAUACGGAGGUCUCAGGGCUAGACGAGCAGCGGUUACUAUACAAAGAGCCUUCAGAAGAAGACAAUUGUUGAAAAAGUUCAGCGCGAUCACAGCUAUGGCGAAAGCGGCUGACUCAAACGCUAGGAGGCUGCAAGAUGGUUCCGACCACUUAUUAGUCAAUGGCAAUGAUAUCUACGCAAAUACGCUACUUCAGAAGAGUCCGGGAAGCGCAGAGAAAGUCCUCGCGUUGGCCAGACCAAUGCGUUCCAUGUCGCUGCGGGAAAGACACGAUAUUGACAUGAGCAAUCACAUGCCAAUCGACCCUCAAAGCGAAGUGGAAGCCAUGGUCGCUCGCGUACAACAGUCCGCUCAUCAAAUACACAUGAUGGCUUCCGAGAUACCUCUACACCAUCGUGGCGACACUGACAGCGGGGUAUGCAGUUGUUCAGUGAGCGGAUCGGUGACGAACAUAUCCACCUCUUCAUCGCAUAAUGAAUCUCUACACAACCACCAGUUGUUAAAUAAUUCAGGUCCGAUAUACGGUAACCUUUUAUCAUCGGGUGGUAAGCCGCUCUCAUCGCCCACAGCGCGCCAGCAGCAACAACUGGCUGCCAUACAGGCCGCCAACGCCAGGAGGUUGCCCCCUGAAGUGCCCAAGAGGACCAGCAGCAUCACACUCAAUGCGGAGAGCCCCGUGUCUCUCCGGCGGGCCGAGUGCGGCGGGGCGGUGGUGCGCGGCGGGUCAAUGUCCUCCGUGCAGUCGUCGUCGUCGUCCUCGUCGCAGGAGCACCGCCACCACUACCACCAACCCUACCAGCCGAGGGCGCCUGAACCCCACAUCCACAUCCAAGAGCAGUUCCAACAACACGCUCGUACAGCAUCAGGAACUUUGUACGAAGGGGAACGUUACGCUGUCUGGAAGAGGCAAGAGGCUCCACCGUACUACGAAGCCCCCCCACCAGCUACUUGUUGCAGGCCUCAACAUGAACAUCAUCAGCAUACACAUCAACAGCCUCUGAAGGUAUCAGAAACAGUUCGUAAGCGCCAAUAUCGAGUGGGCUUAAACCUUUUCAACAAGAAGCCUGAGCGUGGAAUAGGUUACCUAAUCUCCCGUGGAUUUCUCGAGAACUCUCCAAGAGGAGUGGCCAGGUUCCUCAUCACAAGAAAAGGCCUCAGCAAGCAGAUGAUUGGAGAGUACUUGGGCAAUUUGCAGAGCCCAUUCAAUAUGGCUGUUUUAGAAUGUUUCGUGAACGAACUCGACCUAUCCGGCAUGGCAGUGGACGUGGCUCUUCGCAGAUACCAGGCGCAUUUCCGUCUACCAGGAGAGGCCCAGAAGAUAGAGCGACUGGUCGAAGCCUUCGCGCGUCGAUACUGCGUGUGUAACCCCGACUUCGUACAGAGACUGCGCACACAGGAUACGAUCUUCGUGCUAGCCUUCGCAAUAAUAAUGCUGAACACGGACCUCCACACACCGAACCUGAAGCCCGAGGCCCGCAUGUCUCUCGACGACUUCGUCCGGAAUCUGAGAGGCAUCGACGACUGUGGAGACAUCGACCGCGACAUGCUGGCCGGGAUCUACGACCGCGUCAAGGCGAGCGAGUUCCGGCCCGGGAGCGACCACGUCACUCAGGUUAUGAAAGUCCAAGCAACGAUCGUCGGUAAGAAACCACACUUGGCGUUGCCACAUCGCCGACUCGUCUGCUACUGUCGACUCUACGAAAUACCAGAUAUACACAAGAAGGAACGGCCUGGCGUCCAUCAGAGAGAGGUGUUCCUCUUCAACGAUCUCCUGGUUAUAACGAAGAUAUUCAGCAAGAAGAAAUCGUCAGUGACCUACACGUUCAGACAAUCGUUUCCACUGUGCGGCAUGCUUGUGAACCUUUUCUCUGUUCCACAUUAUCCAUUUGGUAUACGUCUGUCCCGUCGCGUGGACGGCCGCAGACUGGCGACAUUCAACGCUCGAAACGAACACGACAGAUGCAAGUUUGCGGAGGACCUUAGAGAGAGUAUCGCUGAGAUGGAUGAAAUGGAAGCGAUGAGGAUUGAGGGCGAACUGAACAGGGGCAAGGGGAGGAACACGGGCAACUCCGCGAGGAAUGUGAUGGAAAAUCGAGACAGUGGAGUUGCGGAUGUGGAAAUAGACCACCAACAGUGCAUGGAUCAUGUUCACGUGCACGGCGUGGUGGUACCACCGCCGCCAUCUUGUCCCGCGCCGUCGGCUCCGUCUCGUUUGUCGCAGAAUCCGCCUCCGACCAGCAUUAUUAAGAGAAACGUGCUUAGCAAUUCUCUUGUUGACAUCAAUGAUCCUGCGGCGCUGGCGGCGGAGCGGCUGCAGCGGCGCGGCUCGGUGGGCUCGCUGGACAGCGGCAUGUCCGUGAGCUUCGCGCACGGCGCGCGCACGCCGCUGGCCGCCGCCUCGCCGCGCCACGCCGACCGCUCGCCCGGUCGAUUGUUCGGAGGGAUCGGAGGCAUAUUCCCUGGUCGUCAAAGGAAACUGAGCGCAUCAGGCGUCCCGGACACCAAACAUGGUCAAGUCGGAAAGAGCACCGAGGUCUAAAGGUCGAAAAU